GAAUUUGAAGCUGAGCUGACCGAACUCUUAGCGGGGCCGGCAAAACUUCUGCUCACCGAAGCACGGGAGGCCAAACGAACAAGUCAUUUCGCCGGCCAAUUGAUGUGCCGCGCAGCGGUUGUAUUGCUUCGCGACCGUCUUGGACGCGAGUUGUCUGGCUACGUUCAGGAACGAGGCCGAGCCUUGGAAAUUAGUCUGAUAUGGCAACUCAUGGAACGCGAUGCAAGAGCAGAGCUUGAAUGGAUCAAUGCUUGUAUUGAGGGGUCUCUACUAGCCAACCGUAAAGAGUUUCUUCCGUUACCUCUAGUUCAACAACUUUAG